CACUGUGUCACGGGCAGGGCGGCUCUCCAGGCUGCAGCAGGUAGACCCCCAGAGGGGAAGGACAUCUGGGCCAGGCUGCUCCCUGAACAGCAUGGAAAGGAGCCAUCCCUGAAGCAGGAUUGCCUUUGAGCUGGCAGCAGACGAGUGAUUGGCAUUGGGCAGCGCUGCUGAGACUCUGGCAGACCGUUUAGCAGAGAACCUUGGCUAAUGAAUGUCAUCCACACCUAGCAGAUGUGCCACUGCCUGCCAUGCCAGAUUUUUGACAUAAUACAGGGCUGCUGGACACGACAGUGCUCGGGAAAAGCCAGGGAGCGACUCGUGCCUUCAACGUGGUGUUUGGUCCCGCUCGUGCUCUGCAAGAGAAACGAAACCUGCAGGGGGGGAGGGAAGCACAUCGGCGUCUCCCGGUCCUCGACCCUGGUUUUAUCGAUACAGAUAUACAAGGCAAACCAAAGGUUUCGGCUGCUAUUCAGUGCCUCUUCAUUUGUCCCAGAGCCGUAACAGUGGUGCCCUUUCUCUUCUGGCUGCUUUUCCCUGCUUCUGGAGCAGCAGUUAUGGGAGAAGCAGAUGGCCACUGAUUGGGGAUGGAGGACGCCGGCGUCCAGCGGGGAAUAUGGGACGGGGAUGCCAAGACGGUCCAGCAGUGCUUGACUGACAUUUUUACCAGCGUUUACACCACCUGCGACAUCCCGGAAAAUGCCAUUUUCGGCCCCUGCGUCCUGAGCCACACGUCCCUCUAUGACAGCAUCGCCUUUAUCGCCCUCAAAUCCACCGACAAGCGCACCGUCCCCUACAUAUUCCGGGUGGACACGUCGGCGGCCAACGGCUCGUCGGAGGGGCUGAUGUGGCUGCGGCUGGUGCAGUCGGCGCGGGAACGGGAGGAGCAGAACCUGGAGGCCUACAUCAAGAGCGGGCAGCUCUUUUAUCGCUCCCUGCGCCGCAUCGCCAAGGACGAGGAGCUGCUGGUGUGGUACGGGAAGGAGCUCACCGAGCUGCUGCUGCUCGGCCCGGCCCGGGCCCCCGCCCGCACCAACGGCUCGCCGCCCUUCGCCUGCCCCGAGUGCAGCCAGCGCUUCCAGUUCGAACUGCCCUUCGCCGCACACCUCCGGUUCCGCUGCCCCAAGAGGCUGCACGGCCCGGACACCGGCCCCGCCGCCGAGCCCGCCGGCGUCAAGGACGGCGCCGGCAAGGAGCAGGAGCCCGGCAAGUUCGGGAAGCCCGGCGGGCCGCCGCACCACCCCUUUCCCGGGCCCGACGGCGGCCCGGCCGCCAGCACCAAGCCCUCCACGGACUUCCACAACCUGGCGCGGGAGCUGGAGAACUCCCGCGGCGGGCGCGCCGGGUCCCCGGGGCGGCCGGCGCCCCCCGAGGGUGGCCCUGAGGCGGCGGCCGGGAAGGCGAAGCGGCGCUUCCCCGAGGAGGAAGAGCGCGGGCCCGGCGCGGCGCGGGGCCGCUUCCCGGCGGAGCGGCCGGGGCUGCCGGCGGCGCCCAAGGAGGAGCCGGGCUGCGCCCCGCAGCAGCAGUACCGCGCCGCCGGCUCCUACUGCGGGCUCGAGGAAGGCGGGCGCCUCUUCGCGCCUCCCAGCCCGGAGACCGGCGAGGCCAAGCGCAGCGCCUUCGUGGAGGUGAAGAAGGCGGCCCGCGGCCCCGAGCCCGACGGCGGCGCCGAAGAGGGCCCGGAGCGCAGCUCCCCGGGCGCGGGCGGCGCGGAGCCGGGCCUGUGCCCCCGCGGCGGUGCGGGGGGCCCGCUGGCCGCCCGCCUGGACGGUGGCAGCCCGGCGCGGGGCAGCGCCUUCAGCACGGUGCCGCAGCUCGGGGCCGGCCCCGGGGGCCCCGGCGGCGGCGGGGCCGAAGAGCGAAAGAGCGCCUUCUCGCAGCCCGCCCGCUCCUUCCCGCACGUCCCGCCGCUGGUGCUGGGUCCCAAGCUGGGCGCCCUGGGCGAGCCCUGCCCCGACGGCGCCGCCGCCCCCGCCCGCCUGUACGCCGCCGAGGCGCUGGCCGCCAAGCUGCCGGGCGGCGGGGAGGCGGCGGGCGGCGGCGGCGGCGGCGGGGGAGGGCUGCCCAAGCAAAGCCCCUUCCUCUACACCACGGCCUUCUGGCCCAAGAGCUCGGCGGCGGCGGCGGUGGCGGCGGCGGCGGCGGGGCCGCUGCAGCUGCAGCUGCCGUCGGCGCUGACGCUGCUGCCGCCGUCGUUCACCUCGCUGUGCCUGCCGGCUCAGAACUGGUGCGCCAAGUGCAACGCGUCCUUCCGCAUGACCUCGGACCUGGUCUACCACAUGCGCUCCCACCACAAGAAGGAAUACGCGCUGGAGCCCCUCGUCAAGCGCCGCCGCGAGGAGAAGCUCAAGUGCCCCAUCUGCAACGAGUCCUUCCGCGAGCGCCACCACCUCUCCCGCCACAUGACCUCCCACAACUAGCGGGGACAGCCCCACGGCCCCGGGACCCCCGCGCGGGGAACCCCCACGCCGCCCGCCUCUCCCGCCCUUCCCGUUCGAUGCACGCGUUUCCACUGUCCGGGGAGGGGCGGGGAGGGCAGCGGGUGAGGA